CUAUACUGAGUUAUACUGGGUUAUACUGGGUUAUACUGGGUUGUACUGGGUUAUACCGUGUUAUACGGGGUUAUACCGGGCUAUACCGGGCUAUACUGGGCUAUACUGGGCUAUACUGGGAGGCGCCGCGCGGUUCGCAGCGCGGGUCGGUGCCCUCAUGGAGCGGUUCUUGGAGGGGAACCGAGCGGCGCUGCAGGAUCACAUCAGGCGGCGCCAGGAGAUCCACGUGGUGAUGGGCAACGAGGCGUGUGACCUGGACUCCACCGUCUCCGCGCUGGCCUUGGCUUUUUUCCUGGCCCAGAGCUCCCCCGCUCCCAAAACCGCCGUCAUCCCGGUGCUGAACAUCCCCCGUGCCGAAUUCGCGCUGCGCUCCGAGAGCGCGUUCCUGCUGCGGGAGCGGGGAAUCGCUGCCUCCUGGCUCAUCUUUCGGGACGAGAUCGACCUGGGGAGGCUGCAGCGCGCGGGGCUGCUGGCGCUGACGCUGGUGGAUCAGCACGUCCUGCCCGGUGCUGACGCAGCCCUGGAAGAGGCCGUGGUGGAGGUGUUGGACCAUCGGCCACUGGAGCGGGAGCGCGGUGCCCCGUGCCAGGUGACCGUGGAGCCCGUGGGCUCCUGUGCCACGCUGGUGACAGAGAGGAUCCUGCAGGGUCCCCCGGGCGUGCUGGACACAACCACGGCUGCGCUGCUGCACGGCACCAUCCUGCUGGACUGCAUCAACCUGAGCCCGGCGGCAGGGAAGGUGACACCGAGGGACGUGGCCUGCGUGUCCCUGCUCGAGGAGCGCUUCCCCGAGCUGCCGCCCCGCGACGCCGUGUUCGGAGCCCUGCAGGCGGCCAAGUUCGAUGUCACAGGGCUGACAACGGAGCAGAUGCUGCGCAAGGACCUCAAAGCCAUUUCCAGCGACGAGCUGGUCAUCGGCAUCAGCGGCGUCUUCGAGGACCUGGAAAUAUUCCUGCAGCGGCCCGGCUUGCUGCAGGACGUGGAGGCUUUCUGCCAGGCCCGUGGCUACGCGGGGCUGGUGGCCAUGACCGUGUCCUUUAACCAAAACCACGAGCCCACGCGGAAGCUGGCGGUGUUCAGCCGGCACGAGCCCCUCCGUGGCACGCUGUGCCGGGCGCUGGAGGAGGCGACCACCCCGUCCCUGCUGCUGCAGCCACUGGCCACCCCCUGGCCCUGCGUGGCCGCCUACGCCCAGGGCAACGCGGUGGCCGCUCGGAAAAAGGUGCUGCCCAUCCUGCGGGCAGCCCUGGCGGGCUCGGGGGAUGCCAGGGGCWCCGAGGAGGACGUGGUGCCACCUCCCACCCCCAUGAACAGCCUGGUGGAGGAGUGUCCCCUGGCACAGGCMGUGCCACCGCUGUGUCCCCAGGAUGUCCUGGAGCGGGUCAGCCGCAUCGCCGCGGGGCAGCCCCCCGGCUCCCCCAAAUAACGGCGGUGCCCCGUGGAUUUUGGAGGUUCGGGUGAGAAAUUGGGGUCCCUGAGAGGCCCCGGUGGGGUGCAAAGUGUGGGGGUGUCACAGCCCCGCCUUUGUUAGAGCACAGCUCCUGGUUCUUGUCGUGCUUUGUCCCCACAACGUCCCAAAGGCACCCAGGGUGAGUUUUUGGGGGUGCCACAGGCAGCAGUUGCACCCCGUUAAUGAAGGGUGGGGGAGUUAAUGAGUUCUUGAUGAUCUUCCUUCCUUGGGGGGCCCCRGAGGGUGGGUCUGGACUCGCAGCCGUCCAGCUUUGUCACCGUUUUCCACGAUUAAAUUUUCCUUUUGUUCCA